AUGGCUCGUUCGAGGAGAACCUCAAGCAGGCUGGGAGCCGACCCUCGUGGAGACACGGGGGCUCCAGCUAUGGCAACCUCUUUACGAUUACGGUCACGAUUUGCAACUGAAUCCGAUAAGUCUCCUUCGAAAUCCAACCAUUCUGCCCGCCCCAAGAAACCACGUUCUCUUUCCAGACGGAUCAAGCGGAUAUGCGUGCGACAUACCUGGCUCGUACCUCUGUUGGCGAGUUUGACAGUGGUGUGUGGUUACCUCGUCAGCCCAGGUCAUCACAAUCCUUUGCGUCAUGCACUUUUCCUCUCAUAUCGACUUGAACCCUUGACCCCAGGAACACCAAUUAUGUAUGGCAAAGGCGGUCACGAUGCCACAUUCGUGACAUUCUACACCAUUGUCCUCAGUUUCACGAGAGAGUUCAUCAUGCAAAGACUUCUUCAGCCUAUGGCUUUCCGCUUUGGCAUCAGAGGCCGUGGAAGACAAUACCGAUUUAUGGAACAGGCGUACACGGCUUUAUACUUCAGCAUUUUGGGUCCUCUCGGUCUCUAUAUCAUGUCAGAGAGCCCUCUCUGGUACUUCAACACUACGGCCAUGUUUGAGAACUACCCUCAUCGGACACACACUGCUCUUUUCAAAGCCUAUUACCUAAUUCAGUUCAGUUACUGGGCUCAGCAGGCGAUUGUCUUGGUUUUAUUACUGGAGAAGCCGCGAAAGGACUUUAAAGAACUCGUCAUGCACCACAUUAUAACAUUGACGUUGAUCGCAUUAAGCUACCGCUUCCAUUUCACAUACAUGGGACUUCUUGUAUACAUUACUCACGACAUCAGUGAUCUUUUCCUGGCGACUUCCAAAACGCUAAACUACAUCGACUCUGUCAUUGUCGGCCCCUUCUAUGGUCUGUUUAUAUGUAUCUGGAUUUAUCUCCGCCAUUAUCUCAAUUGGACUUUUCUCUGGGCCGUCUUGACCCAAUUUCGCACCGUGGGACCUUAUGAAUUGGACUGGAGUAGAGAGCAAUACAAGUGCUGGAUCAGUCAGAUCAUCACUUUUGUUCUCAUGACUUGUUUGCAAGUGAUCAACAUCAUCUGGCUGGUCUAUAUCAUUCGGGUCGCUCGCAACUAUGUCUUCAAUAACGACCGGAGAGACGAACGAAGCGAUGACGAAGAGGAGGGAGAAGAAGAGGAGCAAAUUGAAGAGCACGGCACACAUCCAGAUAGAAUCGAGGUACGAGCAGACUCCGAGAAGAAUUCACAGACAAGGCAUUAA